GCGCUCGAUUGACUCACCUCUACCGGUUGCAGAGCACACCGCUCGACCAUGAGCACUCUUGCCACUUGAGUCUCAGCCAUACCAAAAUGUCAAGGUCAGGAGCCUUCCGGCUGUGCGUCAGGCCGCGGGCUACGGCGCAAAUUCGAGCUUUUCGACCUUUGAACCUUUCGACAACUGCCUCUGCGCGGGCUGCCGAGAUUCGCGAUGUCUCCUCUCUCCCACCGAGAGUUGUUCCGAAAUACCGCGACCCUCCGAACUCGACCUCUGGCCUGCUGUCGCUGCACUGGCCGACGCCUCCGCGGAAUAUCCUCCUGAUGCCGAAGCUGCGAUCCCCUCAAGUUCUGCGAGCGACCAUCGACUUUGCGAAGCAUCUACAAAGCACAUACUCUGGCCUGAACCUGAUCUUCGAACCGAGAGUCGCGCAGAUGGUCCACGAGUCCUUCAACUUUCCCAUCUACACGUGUAACCCAUCGGCGUUCCCGGACACGAUCGACAUGAUCACGACGCUCGGCGGCGAUGGAACCAUCUUGCGCGCCGCGAGCCACUUCAGCAUGUACCAAGCUGUGCCACCGAUUCUCGCAUUCAAUUUUGGUACUAUUGGAUUUUUGGCGGAAUGGAAAUUCGAAGAAUACAAGAGGGCCUGGAGAGAGGCGUACAUGAGUGGGAGCGGCGUCGCUGCAGAUGAUUUAUUGACGCCACACACAAGGGUCGCAAGCGGAGAGAAGGAACACGACGUCAAGGACGGGGCUCAGUCUGGAUGGCACGCUUCUCCUGGCAAGAGCAUGGGGCAGAGUCGGGCAGCCAAGAUCUUGCUCAGGCACCGACUACGGGUCGGCGUGUACGAUAAUAACGGCCAGAACAUCAGCAGCCAGUUACUCCCGACGACGAAGUCACAGGCGCAUCUGCCAGCCGAACAUCCCGAAGACACAAUACUUUCGAAACGAGACAUCCCUCAACCGAUUCACGCCCUUAACGAACUCCUCAUCCAUCGGGGCCCGAAGCCUCACCUUGCCCACAUCGACAUUUACCUCAAUAAUCGAUUCCUCACGGAAGCUGUCGCAGAUGGCAUAUUACUGAGCACGCCGACAGGCUCUACCGCAUAUAGUCUGAGCGCUGGUGGCUCCAUCAUACACCCCCUUGUCAAGUCACUGCUCAUCACUCCCAUCUGCCCCAGGAGUUUGAGCUUCCGGCCUCUGGUCCUCCCCCUCAACACCAAGGUCACACUCAAAGUCAGCAGCAAAAACCGUGACGGUGAGCUGGAGGUUAGCAUUGACGGAAAGCGAAGCGCCGGUGCAGGUAUCGGCACCGAAAUCCGUGUCGAAGGCGAGAUGGUGGGCGAGUCCAGCAACGGUGACUGGAAGGGAGGUGUGCCAUGUGUCAUUUGCGGACCAGGCAAAGGCGACGCGUCGGACUACGACGAUGACGGCUGGGUUGGGGGUCUCAACGGCCUGCUCAUGUUCAACUACCCCAUCGGGAGGUGACAUUGAAACUAUCGUGAUACCCGAAUGUAAACUACAAAAGUCUUUCAAUGGAGUUGGUGGCAUAAGGGGGGCACUUUGGUCAGGCCUUUUCUCUUCUUUGGAUAAUUGUCUUACUGCUCAAUGGGCUGGAAAUCUCAAGAUCGCAUUCAUCAUCGACUGUAAUAUUGAUGGCUUACAGUGAUGAUCAUGUCGCAUACAGAGGUUACACAUCAGCAUCCCAACGUUGGCGGCCAGGACGUCUUGCUACGACGGUCCAGUAUCGAAAGUUAAGAAUCUCA